AUGCAGCCCCGUCGCAUGCCAGCAGUCAAACCCUACGGCGAUGGCGGUCAUCAACCCUCCAGCCUCAAAAAUCAAGGGAGGUCUGUGUGCGAUGCGCCUUUCCUCCGCGUGGCCGUAGCUGCUUCCGCAGCAGAGGCUGCAGCAGAGGCUGCCGCAGCGGCGGCGGCAGGUGCUGCAGCAGCGACAGCCGAAGCCUUGAGGAUCCAGAGUCCCCUCUUCAAUCACUAUCUGCUGCUGCGCUUGUGCAGCCACGUGCAGCAGACAGCGCUGCAGCAGCAGCAUAUCGCUCUCUUGCAUGUUCCUGCUGCUUCUGGGAGAAGCGGCGGCUCCAGCAGCAAAGAUGCAAAGGAGGCUAACGACGGCAGCAGCAGAGCUGCUGCCGUUGCUCUGUGGCGUGAGAGAGCAGCAAACACGCCUCUCCCCGCAGUUGUAGCGCGCAUGCUGCAACUGCUGAUGCAGCUUGAUCGCAGCAGCAGCAACAAUCGUGUCUUGUGGGAGUGUUACGCAGCGGUUGCACCGACGCUUUUGCUGCUGGUGCAGCCGCAGCUACUGGAACGUGACUUGACGGCCGCCUCCUUUCGGCAGCUGCCGCCUGAGCAGAAGAUGGCUUACCGUAUCAGGGACCUGCUUUCUUCGUACGGCUGGAGGGCGCCUCUGCAGCGGCAGCAGCAGCAGCAGCAGCAGCUCGUUGAACUGCAUGAGCAGCCGCUGCAUCUGCUGGAGUUGCAGCACGACGAGCUGCUGCUGCAGGUCGUCUUUCUGCUGCUCCUGACUUCGCACAGGUUGCUGCACUGGCAGCAGCAUGCAGCUUAUGAGAGGCAGCGGCCUGCCUUCCGCCGCCCCGGGGUUGUUUUGCCACCGAGCGCCGUUCCGACUGCUGCUGCCGCUGCACAGCGGAGAGGACAAGAGUGGCAGCAGUUGCUGCUUUCUCCUGCUUCGCUCGCUUCUGCGUGCGGCAUUCUUGCAGCAAGAGCCUGGUUCUGGCUAAUGGACUCUUUGCAGGAAGGGUCUGAGGCUUCGGCAGUGGCUGCAGCUGCCGCCGAAGCUUCCCCAACCCUCCCGCAGUCUGCCUCUGCGCGACUUGCUGCUGCUGCAGGCGCAGAACCGCGGAGCUGGAUUGAAGCUCCUGCUGCUGUAGCCGUCUUCUUGGGAGCGCCUUUGCUCUCCGACACAGGUCUUUCCGCCGCGGCAGCCGCAGCAAGUACACUGGGGGGCCCUGUUGCCGCUGUGGAAGGGGGUCGUACGAUGCUGCAGCUGCUGCAGCUGCGUGCUCAGAGGCACCAGCAGCAACCCACGCUGGUCCUCUCAGAUUCUCCUGAGGCGGCAGUUGCUGCUGUCGCUGCUGCUUGGCGGCAGCUGCAGCGCCGUAGCAUUGGGUCGCGUCUGCGGCGCAUGCUCUGGACGAACAACAGCAACAGCAGCAACAACAGCAGCAGCAACAACAAUAGCGGCAGAAAUAUUGAGAACUUGCGAUGCAGAGUAAUGGCGCUUGCUGCAGCCAUUAGAGCUGCAGUGGAUGCUCUGAAUGAGAAAGGUACUUGCGUGCAGGCGCUUUCACUGCAGCAGCAGCAGCAGCUGACUAUGCAGCAGCAGCAGACGCUGCAGCGCCAGCAGCAGCUGCUGGCAGAAGCCGCGAACGCAGCUGUACGUACACCCCACCACCUUCACAGCUUCAACCACAACUACGAUGACUUAACGGGGCACUGGACGCGGGCGGUAGUGGCAGCCGCUGCAACCGCCCUCGCUGCCGUCGUGCUGCUGCUGGCAGCAACAACUCUCAACAACAUAGGGCCCACUGCAAUGGGAGUUCCAAACACUUUGCUGCAGUACACCGGCUUUCCGUGGCUGUGGCGCUGGGUCUGGUAUGGCAGCAGCAGCAGCAACAGCAGCAGCAGCAGCAGCAAUGCGGGGGGUGGCGGCAGUGCUGUAGGGGAUUACCGCCAGUACUUGCAACGCGACCCCGCAGUAGCAGCAGCCGCACAGCAGCUGCAGCAGUGGCCUUCCGAGUCAACGGCUGCGGCAGCGGCUGCAGCUGGAUUCUACCAGCAGCAGCAGUUUGGAUCUGAGCUGGAUGCUCGUGUGUCUGCCCUGUAUAUGGCUCUGGCGAGGGAGAAUGGCACUCCUGCUGCUACGGCUGCUGCGCCCUUCGGGGUGGCGCAGCCACAAUAUCCUGCGGCGGCAGUGCCUGUGCAGUAUGCCGAUCCCGCAGGCUUAAUGGAUCCCAGAAUGGGGGGUUCAUCGGGAGCUACCCGCUUAGAGCAGAAAGGAAUGCGCUUUUUCCCAGUCGUUGUAACGACGCCAGGUGCGACGGUAACCCUUAAUCCUUUGCCUGAGCAGGGCGCCUCUAGUGCUCAAUCUGCAUUCUUUCGCUCGACGCCUUACGCGUCAGGUGUGUUGCUUUCAGCUGCGUGCCACACUGCUUUACCAAAAACUGAGGAGAGGGAAGCAGAGGACACAGGGGCGUAG